AUGAUGCAUCAUCCACAUCAGUAUAAUCCAUACGUAUUUCCGACGAAUUAUCUUCGAAAACCCAGUUCCUAUGCUCAACAACAGCAACCAUGCUAUUUAAAUGAUUCACUGGGAAACAAUACAUCUUCAUCCAGUCCUAGUUCAAAUAAUAGUUCAAAUCCACUUCAUUCAUCGUCCUAUUAUGGCCUCGAUUUAUCUCACAAUUUGAAAAAUUCAUCACGUCCACUAAGUCGAGACAGUGUUGAAAACAGUCUAUCACCACCUAUUAUAACAACAUCAUCAACAAUUUUAACAGAUAUCAGAAAUUCAUCAUCAUACAACAAUGAUACAAAUACAGCAACACCAUUAAAUAUAAAAACAUCAUCAAAUUUAAAUUCAAAAAAUCAACUUGAUCUACCACCAACAUUACUUUCACCAUUAUCACCAGAAUAUUCAUCAAAUUCACUUCCACCAAAAAAACGUGUUCGACCUGUACCUCAAGAACAAAAAGAUGCAACAUAUUUUGAAAAACGUGCACGAAAUAAUGAAUCCGCUAAACGUAGUCGAGAUGCAAGGCGACAAAAAGAACAACAAAUACAAGAUCGAGUAUGUUUUCUUGAACAUGAAAAUUUUCAAUUAAAAACGGAAAAUGCAAUGUUAAGACAUGAACUACAACGUUUACAUGCCUUUUAUCCAAAAUAA